AAGCCUCGCAUUUCAAUUAUAGUCACUCACUCGUUGUUCUCUAUCCCAGCGAAGAGUGAGGCCACUUCUUCCAUCGAUUCGACGGCGUGGAACUCCGGCACACGGCAGUUUCUUCCAUCGAAGCCGCUUGCAGUUCUUACGAUCUGACAAUGUGGAGACUCAAGAUCGCGGAGGGCGGCAGCCCCUGGUUGCGCACAACCAACAAUCACGCCGGCAGACAGGUGUGGGAGUUCGAUCCCAGCCUCGGCACGCCCGAGGAAAUCGAGGAGGUGGAGAAGGCGCGAGAAGCAUUCCGCGAGAGCCGGUUCGAGAAGAAAAACAGCGCCGAUCUGCUUAUGCGGAUGCAGUUUGCAAAGGAGAAUCCACUUGAGAUGGACUAUCCUAUCAUCAGGAUUCAAGAUGAUGAAGAUGUCACGGAAGAAGCUCUAGUCACUUCCUUAAGAAAGGCAAUUAGCAUUUUUUCUACUCACCAAGCACAUGAUGGACACUGGCCUGGGGAAUUUGCAGGCCCAAUGUUUUUUUUGCCAGGAUUGAUAAUAACUUUCCAUGUUACUGGAACUCUAAAUACUGUUCUGACACCUGAACACCAGAAGGAGAUCCGUCGUUAUCUCUACAACCAUCAGAACAGAGAUGGAGGGUGGGGUUUUCAUAUUGAGGGUAAGAGUACUAUGUUUGGUUCGGCGUUGUGUUAUGUUACUUUAAGGUUGCUUGGACAAGAACCUGAUGAUGGAGAUGGGGCAAUGGAAAAAGGGAGAGAAUGGAUCUUAGACCAUGGAAGUGCUACUUGUACAACAUCAUGGGGAAAGAUCUGGUUAUCUGUGCUUGGAGUGUUUGACUGGUCUGGUAACAACCCUUUGCCACCAGAAAUGUGGUUAUUGCCAUACUUUGUACCUUUUCAUCCAGGACGAGUGUGGUGCUAUUGCAGGAUGAUUUACUUGCCCAUGUCAUAUAUAUACGGGAAAAGAUUUACUGGCCCAAUUACCCCAAUAAUAUUAUCACUAAGAAAUGAGCUAUUCCAUUGCCCAUAUGACCAGAUAGAUUGGAAUCAGGCUCGUAAGGAAUGCGCAAAGAUGUGCAAUUCUUUUACUCCUUAUUCUCCUAGUUCUAACUAAAUGGAUGUAAUGUUA